AUGGCUCUAAUUGACAGUGAGGCUUCGCUCAAACAGAGGUGCCUGCCCAUCGAGGGGGACGACUCACUUUUCGAGUCUCUGAAGGCCAAUGGAGUGAAGACGCUGCGUCAGUUAGCAUUUGCACUUGGGAGCCCCCAAACGCCCCCAUCGGAUCAUGAUCUAAAGAACCUUGCGGCUAAAGUCUACAAAUGUGCCGAAGGUACUCAACCGACGAUCGGACAGAUUGCGAACGUUCGCAUGCUUAUCUUUGAAGCCUCUACACUGGUGGUGGCACAGUUGCGAGCCCAGGCGACAGCGGAUGAUUCAGAUCUUGCUGGUCGUAAGUUGCCACAUGUUGAGAAGCAGGCACGUUUGACUUCGCAAAAGUCCCGACUGCCCGGGCUUCUGAUAGAGGGGGAGCUGCAGCCCAGCUACGCGCUGGUGGAUGCUUGUGCCCUCAUGGCCGAAUCCAACAGCAUCACUUGGAUCAGCCCCUCGCGUUGCACAAAGCGUGAUGCUGAGGUGCAACAGCUAGGGAAGGAGAAAACAUCGUUGGUCCAAAUUGAAGCAGGCACCUUGAAAGUUAGUGCCAGCAACAAGUUACCUGAUGCUGAUACCACCACUGCCUUGCAACUUCUUUACUGUUUCCAGAGGCGAGGUUUGGCUUUGGAUCAGUGUAGCCUCAUCGGCUGGUCGGACCAUGAGUGGUACGUACAGAGCCUUAUGUCCUAUCCUCAUGGAGAGCCAGUGUCCGGGGCCAGGCCCGCGAUUGCCCAAGUCAUCAGGGCAGACCGGGAGGCUUGGACAUUGAUGAGCCGUGAGAUUGAGGGACCGAUCGGGGUAAAAGAUGCGGCUGGCGAGCUGGUGAUGGCGGCUGCUUUGAGGCGGCUGGCCAAAGACCCUCGCGUAGUCGUUCACCUUGUCACGGCACCACAACCUCAGAGAGUCGCUCCACCUCCUUCCAUCCCUUCCGAUGCAGCUGCUGCCGCAGCAUUGGCUGAGAAGGCUAACAAGAAGAAAAAGCGCAAGCGUCUCACAAACCUUGUGCCAGAGUCUUUGAAAGGAUGUGUCACCAAGAUCAAGGCGACUCCCGCUGCCUCGAGUGAAGCUUCGCGAGCCUCGAGUGAUGUGGAGUCUCUUGCCGCGUCCAUUUUGCAAAUGACCGGUCCUUUCGACCAAUCUUCGCUGUUGCAGCUGAUUGAGCUGCUACCCAUGCAAAACCCUCCACGGGGGAACGUUGGACGCUCCUUCGGUGCUGGGGCGUAUGCACAAGGGGGCCUUUACGGCCUUCAUUCCAAUACGAACCUUUUUCCAAACGUGUGUGCUGUCUUCGCGGCGCACCUCCGGAGGUUUGCUCCGGGCGAGUUCUUUACAAGCUUUAUUAUCCUAGAUGACUGUUCUUCCGAGGUGCAUCGCGAUUCCAACAACGACGACUGCUGCUGCAACAUCCUGCUGAAGUUGUCCGAAUUCCAAGGUCUAAAUCAGUCGACGGCCGAGAAAAUGCGCGUCCGGCAGGAUGAAGACUUGGAAAAGGCAACAUGGCAAGUGCGCGUCAUAGAUGACGCCAGUAUCUGCGGUAUCAACGCAACUGUUGGCUUGAAGUAUGGUUUCCAAAUGCACUCGAUUGAUAGGUAUGCCGCUUGGAUUUCCAAGGCGCUACGCAUCAACGAUGGCAAGUUGCCUGCGUGCAAGGGUCGCGUGUACGAUCUUAAAAGUGCAUACAAACAGUUUGGAAUCCACCCUACAGACCGGGAGCUCUUUCGAUUUGCGGUGAACAAACCGGGCGAGGCGGAGCCCAUGAUCAUGGGUGCGAACUCCUUGCCGUUCGGUGCGGUGGGCAGUGUUGCGGCUUUCCUACGCAUCUCGUUGAGCAUAUGGCUGAUAGGCAUGAGGCUGUUCAGCAUCUUCUGGACAGCCUUUUUCGACGACUUCGGAGUCACGACUCGAGAUGAACUUGUUGCCAACACCGACUCCUGCAUAUGUGCCAUCUUCGAUCUCCUCGGAGUUGACUUUGCUCGGGAAGGCAAGAAAGCACCACCGUUCUCUCGAGAAUUUAAGCUGUUGGGAGUCAAAGUGGAUUUGAAUGAUGAGAUUUUGAGUCGGCAUAUCUACGAGCUCCAGCUGGAGGUUAACGAACUAAGGCCUCAGGUGCAAGCUCUCAGGUCCCAGGUGCAAGCACUAGAGGACAGCCUCUCUCGCGUCUGGGUGAACCAGACGGGUCGUUUCUCGAGCCGCCUUUGCAGUCUGCUUGAGGGAGCCGUAGUGAAAUGGGGGACGAAGGAGGUUAUGAUCAAUGAGGAGAGAAAUCUUGCCGUGAAUAAGUGGCUCAGCCUGGUCAUGGUCGAGCCCUUGACCUUCGGUGUAGCUAGGAACUUCUACGCCGGCAAGGCGUCAGGGAUCUCUUCAGGAUCACUUGCAGACAGCAUUUCGGAUUGCCUUGCUGCCAAGGCCACUUCGACGAUCAAUGCCAGGGCGAAUUGCUUGUUGCGGUUUGUUUCUUGGGCAAAGGGGAACAUGCCGUUUGUUUUUCCCUUGACCGAGCAUGCUGUCUACGCAUACUUCGAGGAGAAGAAGUCCACAGCAGCGGCAACUUCGUUCAGGAGCCUUCUUUCUUCCGUUGCUUUCGCUCAGCAUGUGGUAGGUCUGGAAGGGUGUGACAAGGUUUACACUUCGGGUCGCGUCCGCGGCCUCGCGUCGAAGCUUUACAUGCAGAAGAGGAAGCUCAAGCAACGGAAUCCUCUGAGGGUCUCCGAUGUCAUUCUUCUUGAAAGGAUUUGUUGCAAGCUUGAAGACAGGUCUUUGCAGGACCGUAUCGCUGCAGGCUUCUUUCUUUUCUUGAUUUAUGCAAGGGCUAGAUACAGUGACGGGCAAAACGUAGCAUCGCUGAAUGAUUCGCCGCUCUACUUGGAGUGCAGUGUGGGCAGGUCCAAGACUAGUUUCACUUUGGAACGCAAGACCAGGUACUUGCCAAUGGCUGCCAGGAAAGUGGGCAUCAAGUGUGCAUGGGCCGAUGCGUGGCUUGAGGCUUUGGCAGAGGCGGGUCUUGCGAUCAAGCCGAACGACCCGUUGCUCCCCUGCCCUUCUUCGAAUGGUUCGUGGAAGAUGAUCCCGCUUCCGUGCGAUCAGGCUUGCUCGUGGCUCAGGAGCCUGCUGGGGAACGCUCAGAGCGAUCCCUACCUUGCAAAUGUAGGGACACAUAGCCUUAAGAGAACUUUGCUGAGCUGGGCAAGCAAGCGUGGUCUGCCCAGAGAACAGAGGGCCCUCUUGGGGUAUCAUACGUCCCGAGCCUCGGGUGCGGGAUCAGAGCUGAUCUAUGAGUCCGACGCCCAGUCGGCUCCGCUCAGGGCUUUGUCAUCUAUGAUCGACGAGGUGUCGUCCGGGGCCUUCAAGCCCGACAAACCAAGGGGGCAGCAGCUUGCUUCCGAGCUGUCGGCGCAUGCCGAUCCCCCUGGCGACGAGAUCGAGUCGUCAGACUCCGAGGGCUCCGAGGACGAGGAGGAGAUCGACCACUCAGGGGAUGAAGCUUGUGUUGCCGAGGCUUUGGACUGGCAUGGGAAGGUCGACCUUGACAAGAUUGAUCCCUCGUGUGUUUUCUUUCGGCAUCGCCAAUCCAGGGUAGUGCACAUCACUGCCGACGAAGCCGGUGCCAACCUAGGCUGCGGUAGGACCAUUUCGGGUCAGUACAGGAAGCUGGAGGUCGGUUUGGCAUCUGCGGAUGUCGAAAAACUCGAGAAGGUGGGUGUGGAUUCACUCGCAAAGGUCGCUUUCAUGACGAGCUACACGCCGGGCUCUGGCGAUGACAAGGACCUCAUUGCGGCGUUCGAGUCGGCCCUCGGUACGCCGCCCUCUGUAAGGCAGAAAAGCUCCUUCCGAAGGUUAUUUCAUGAAGCAUAUGCUGUUACCACUUCGGAAAUGAAGAUGCUUGUGGAGCGGACGGAUGAAUCCAUCCCUAGAAAAUUGAGCGUCCCGGAGAGAUCUGAGAGGUUCGAGGUAGUGAGCAAACGCCUUGUGGGCCUUUCAAUCAAGAACCGUCUUGAGCCUGCCGAUAGCCUCGUCGACUCCUUCGUGUCCCAGUAUGAACAGGACAAGCUGCAGUUUGUCCCGUGGGAAAAGCUUGUUUCCAAAGAACAAGAGGCCUCAACAGGGGCAAAGCGAGAGCCUUUCUUCUCGCUGGACAGUACGGGCAAGCUCAGGUCGGAGACGAAGGUUGAGGUCCGUGCCGAUACAAGCACGGAGCUGCUCUUGCAGCUCGCGCUUCAAAGGCGCGGCAUCGCUAUGGAAAUGGCGAACAUCCUUGACUACCAUCGUCACCACAUGUGGGUUGAGCGCCUUCUUGCGGCGCGCCUCGACGCACCUCCGUCGACGCACAUGCAGCCCACGCUUGAUCAGUGUCAGCAGGCUGACAGGAAGCUUUGGCAGCUUCUCGGAGAAGCGACUCGCUCAGGCAUCCAGCUCAAAGCUGGGGGGCGUCCAUUGGACACCAUCUUCGAGGACACAUGGCAGUCACCAGAGGUGCUUCAUCUGCUUCAGCCGAUGCCUCGGGCAGCAGGCGCUUCAGUCACGCAGCAGGUGGCACCGCCGCCGAGGCCGCACGGGCCGGGCCCGUAUGAUCGUCCGGGCAAAGGCCGGAAGGGCACAGGGAAGGGUGCCAAGGGCACCAAAGGAUCCGGGAAGGUUCCCGACUUCGUAUUGCGCCUGAACUCCGUUUUCAAGGAGCUUCUGCCUCAAGCUUCCUGGAAUGCAAUCUGCGUGGGCAGGAAUACUUUGUCAGAUUUCCACAGGGACUCAGGGAACCAAGCGGGUUCGCUGAACCACACUUUCACGCUUGGCACCUUCACUGGGGGCCAACUUUGGCUCGAAGAUGCGUCGGGCACUUCUCAAGCCACUGUCGCGGGCGAUAAGCACAUCAGGGGUAAAAUCGUAGUGGGCAACCCGCCACGUUGCUCCCAUUGGGUUUUCCGUGUGCUCCUGCUGCCGCAGCGCAACAGCUCCCUCCGCCUCUUCAGCCUGUUUUGCCAGUCGAGAGUGCAUGAGAAACCGCUGUUUCUGGAAAUCUGUAGUGGGUCUGCUAUGCUGUCUUAUGUUGCCAAAGAGGCCGGAUACACAGCCGUGCCCAUCGACUGGCAUCACAACAAACAGCGGGCGUGUGUGCACACUUUACAGCUCGACUUGCGCCUGGCCAGCACUUGGUCUUUCUUGCGACGCAUUUGCUCCGAGUACGAUGUUGCUUGGGUGCACAUGGCGAGAGUGGACAGUGCAAACACCAUUUAUGAUAGCAUGGCCGCCUUCUGUGACUGGUGGGCCGAGCUGGUCGCCAAGCACUCCUUCGUCACAUUCGACUCGUGCCGCCACGGGAGACGGGCUAUCCCAAACUUCUUUGUGAAAGGAUUGUCUCAUGCGUGGAUAGGUCAGGUGCAACCUCGUGGCCGCAAGUUUCCGCCAAUCAUUUCUGAAUUUGCUUACACUAUGUCAGUCGCCAGUGCUGCAGCUCCCACUCUCAACUCCAAGCACUGCCUUUCGGCUUCUUGGCAAGGCGUCCCUGCAGGCGCCAAGCUCCUCCGGGAGUCAGUUGAAAGGGGAGGUUCGCGACUCCCAGAGGGGAACAAGUUCUACACUUUCGGCGUUUAUCGAUCCAUGCAAGCUUUCUUGAACGAGGCAAAGUUGGUUGUGCACCCCUUCGAUUCUGCCAAAUCACUUCCAGAUGAACUUUUGCGAGUCUUGUUUGACACUCUUACGAAGAGCCCAGUUGACACCAUGAAGCACCGCCUUUUGAAGCUACAACAGUGGCGAGCCCUCGCCAAGCAGCUUGAUCCCGACGAAGAGAAAAUCAGAUCGGCGAUGGACCCUUGUGUGCGGAAGGUCCUUGGUUGUAAGCGCAUCGCACUCAUGAAGAGGAUCGCCGCCGACUUGUCGUGGCCUGACACGGCCCUCUUCGAUGACCUGGCUGCCGGCUUUAAGCUAACGGGGUACUUGGGGCGUACGGGGGUAUUCGCUAGUGAUGUCAAACCUGCCACGAUGGACCUUGACGAUUUCUGGGCAAGUGCUCCCCUCCGGAGGGAAACCCUGCUUGAAAAAGUCAGAGCCCAGAAGGACCAUGACUAUGCCGAAGAGCUCUGGAACAUGACGCUUGAGGAGUCUAACAGAUCGGGGAAGUGCUGGCUUGACGGCCCGAUCGACGUUGACUCUUUGGGGGACAACUUCCCUGAAGGUUGGAACGCCUGCCGGCGUUUUGCAGUCUGGCAGGGCAAGUGGCGUGCGAUCGAUGACUUCUCGGAAGCCGCUGUGAACUCUUGUUUCGGAUGCUUUGAACGUGUUACUCUCAAGGCCCUCGAUGAGAUCUGCUGGCUGUGCAUGCAAGUUUGCCGUGCGGCAAAAUCUUCAGGAUCCCUCGAUCUUGAGCUCAGCACCGGUGAGAGACUCAAGGGACCCCUCCAUAAGGCUUGGAAGGACCCUGACCGUGUCCGCCCUCACUGCAAAACUUACGAUCUUCAAGCUGCCUACAAGCAGCUCGCACUGCACCCUAGCGAGCGGCCGAAAUCCAUUAUCCUGCUCAAGGAGCCGGGCUCCCGCGCCGUCAAGGCCUUUGUGUGUAACACUCUUCCUUUCGGAGCUUCAGCCUCGGUCAUGCAGUUUAACAGGGUUGCAUUAUUCCUGCAGAGGGUUCUUUGGGAUUUGAGGGUGGCCGUGACUUGCUACUAUGACGAUUUCCCGACGAUGACCCCUUCGUUCUUGUCUGGCGGGACUGACAAUGCAGUUCAUGCCCUCAUGGACCUGUUUGGCUUCUCCUUGUCCGAGAAAGAAAAGCCGUUCUCGUGCACUGCAGAAACGCUGGGUGUCGUGCUGGAUACCUCCGAUCCUGACAUGGGCCGCAUCUUCGUAUCGAACAAGCCUGAACGAGCUGCCAUGCUUGAACAGUCCUUGGGCCGCAUCCUUGAAAAGGGCCAGGUAGACACGCGGGAGUUGCCAUCCCUUCUUGGAAAGCUUCGCUUCGCAGAUGCUCAGCUGCUUGGUCGCACAGGGCGAUUGGCCCUGGCCGACCUCAGGCUCUUCGGUGACAGAGGGGGUGUCUUGAACCUGACGGAUACACAAUCGAAUGCCUUGGCUGUUCUGAGGGCAAGACUUCUUGCGAGCAGGCCGCGUGCCAUUGUGACGAGCCCUGCCUCGAACCCAGUCCUCAUCUUCACAGAUGGCGCAUGCGACCCUUGCGAGGGCAGCUUCAGUACUGGUGUCGGUGGGGUUCUCUUUGUCCCCGGCGAGGGUGUUGCUAGGGCUUUCGGUUGCAGGGUUCCUAGCAAGCUCGUCAGACAAUGGGCCGAGGGUAGGAAACACAUUAUAGGGCAGGUCGAGCUUUACGCGGUCGUGCUCGCCAGGAUCCUGUGGUCGAGUUACAUUGAUGGCGAGCGAUGCAUAUUUUUCGUCGACCAUUCCGGCGUCUUGAGUGCUUGCAUCAACUCGAACUCGAUCGAUGCAUCUUGGAGGAGUCUCCUCCUUCACUUGGAGGCCGCCGAUGAAGCACGCCCGUGCCUGCCGUGGUUUCAUCGUGUACCGAGCCAGAGCAACAUCGCGGACCCGCCAUCCCGAGGCAGAUGGGAGGAGCUGGCAUUCCUUGGUCCUGUUACUCGUGACGUGCCGACUUGCUUUGUCACAGGUGCCACUCUUGAAGCAACGAUCGGGAACACUGCCGAGCGCCGAGAAGAGCUGAGUGUGUUCAUCGAAAGCAUCUUGAGCGCCAAUUGUCUCGACCUCAAAACUGCUGAAAGGCUCCGAGGCAGGUUGGUGUUCUUCGAGGGGUUUGUUUUCGGGCGAAUGUCGAACUCGUCCAUCCGAACGGUGGACCGUGCAGCCAGAGCGGGGCUGACUACGAAGAGUUUGCCUGAAGAUGUUAGGAAGAGUCUUGUUGUCAUUCGCGAGAGGCUGAGGGUUGCUGAGCCUGUGACCAUUGCUACAAAGAACCAUCAGUCUUGGAUCAUAUUCACAGAUGGAGCCUGCGAAGGCGGGAAAAAGCUGGGAUCCAUUGGAGGAGUGAUCGUGGGCCUUAAUGGCCGUCCGAUAUCCUUCUUCAGUGAGCAAGUCCCACAGGACAUCAUGAGGAUCUUGCUGCGAGACUCGCAAAACCCCAUUUUCGAGCUUGAGCUUCUGCCUGUCCUACUUGCGUACAGGCUCUGGGGCCAGUGGUGCAGAUUUUCUCAAGCUGUUUUUUAUGUGGACAACGAAGGUGCUCGCCAUUCGAUAAUAGCCGCGGGCGGAGGCGCUGCACUCGCUCGUGUGAUUAUCGAUGGCAUCCUCUCAAAGGAGACAUCCCUUCAAAUCCACGCAUGGUACGCUCGUGUACCUACGCACAGCAACAUUGCGGACUCCCCCAGCAGGGGUGAGUACGAGGGUCUCUUGAAUAUUGGAUGCUCGAGACUUCGCGUUGACUGGGAUGCGGUGGCACGGCAGUAUUUUCCAUUGGGGUGA